UAAGGAAGAAUGGCUGUAGGAAAUGCCUCUUCAGUGAAGGAGUUUAUCCUGCUGGGCUUGACACAGAAGCCAGAGUUCCAACUGCCUCUCUUCUUUCUCUUCUUGGGAAUCUAUGUGGUCUCUGUACUGGGGAACCUGGGCUUGAUUAUUCUGAUUGUUUUGAAUCCUCACCUGCACACACCCAUGUACUACUUUCUCUUCAACCUUUCGUUUAUUGAUUUCUGCUAUUCCUCUGUCACAAUCCCCAAAAUGCUGAUGGGAUUUCUGAAGCAGAAUAUCAUCUCUUAUUAUGAGUGCAUGACUCAGCUCUUUUUUUUUGCUUUCUUUGUAAUUGAUGAAUGUUACAUUUUGACAGCAAUGGCUUAUGACAGAUUUGCUGCCAUUUGUAGACCCCUGCUUUAUCAGAUCACUAUGUCCUAUCGGGUCUGCCACUUGAUGAUGAUGGGUGUUUAUGUGAUGGGCUUUGUGUGUGCCAUGGCCCAUACAGGUUGUAUGAUAAGCCUGACCUUCUGUGAUGGCAACAUCAUCAAUCACUACAUGUGUGACAUACCCCCUCUCCUGAAACUCUCUUGUUCAAGCACCUCCAUUAAUGAGCUUGUGGUUUUCAUUGUUGUGGGUGUCAAUGUAAUAAUACCCAGCCUGACUCUGUUUGUUUCUUAUACCUUGAUCCUUUCCAACAUCCUCAGUAUGCCUUCCACUGAGGGUAGGUCAAAAGCCUUCAGUACCUGUGGCUCCCAUGUAAUAUCUGUUUCUUUUUUCUUUGGAGCUGCAGCAUUCAUGUAUUUUAAGCCUCACAGUGCAUCUGUGGAUGAAGAUAAAGUAUCUACCAUAUUUUAUACCAUUGUGGGCCCAAUGUUGAAUCCUUUCAUCUAUAGUAUAAGGAAUAAGGAUGUCCACAUUGCACUGAGAAAAACUUUGAAGAAAAAUAUUUUUACUUAA